AACAUAUAUAACACAUACAACUAAUGUUCGGUUGUAGAACAGGCUAACAGGUGAUGCAUAAUGCUCGAACUAGCAAUCACCCUAUCUAGCUUGCUUGUUUCCCAUCAAGUGGUAGACACUCGGCCAGUCGUCUACUAACCAGUUCCGAACAUGGAGUCCAUGCCUAAACCAUCCAUGGAAAGUGACGAUAAGCUACACAUAGUUAUGCUCCCAUGGUUAGCCUUUGGUCACAUGAUUCCUUUCCUAGAGCUUUCCAAGCUCAUAGCUCAAAAGGGUCACACAGUAUCCUUUGUAUCCACUCCUAGAAACAUCGACAGACUCCCAAAAAUGCCUCCAAAUCUGGCCCCUCUCAUCAAUCUAGUGACGCUUCAAUUGCCUCAGGUCGAAAAACUCCCCAAAAACGCUGAGUCCACCACCGAUCUUCCCUAUGACAAGGUCAAGUAUCUGAAGAUGGCCUACGAUCAACUCCAACAACCCAUGACUCAGCUUCUAGCAGAUAUGGCUCCCGAUUGGGUGAUUUACGAUUUCGCACCUUAUUGGCUAGGCCCUGUUGCUGCCAAACUUGGCAUUUCUAGAGUCUGCUUCAGCAUCUUCAUUGCCGCUUCGUUGUGCUUUGCUGGUCCCAUACCAGUCUUGAAGGGCGAAGAUGAUCGUACAACGCCCGAGGACUUCACUGUUACACCCAAAUGGAUCCCCUUUAAAUCUAACAUCGCAUGCUUUCGGCUCUUUGAGGUUAAGCGUAUCUUUGACGACGUAGCCAGUGUCGAUGAGGAAAACAUUCCCGGUACAUAUCGGUUUGGAGCAGGCAUCGAAGCUUGUGACGUGUUGGCUGUGAGAAGCUCUUAUGAGUUCGAACCCGAAUGGUUAAAACUUCUUCAACAGAUUCACCAGAAGCCGAUUAUACCUAUCGGUCUACUUCCCACCACGGCGUAUGAUAGUAGUGACAACGGGGAAGCUUGGACGGAGAUUAAAGAGUGGCUUGACAAGCAAUCUAAGAGGUCGGUUGUCUACGUUGCAUUCGGGAGCGAAGCAAAGCCAAAUCAAGCCGAACUCACUGAGAUAGCUCUCGGGUUAGAGCUAUCUGAGUUUCCAUUUUUUUGGGUUCUGAGGAAUCGGCGUGGUGUGGCUGAUACUGAGGUGAUCGAGUUACCAAACGGGUUUGAGGAGAGAACUAAGGAACGCGGUGUAGUUUGCACCAGUUGGGCACCUCAACUCAAGAUACUGAGUCAUGACUCGGUGGGUGGGUUCUUGUCUCACGCUGGGUUGAGUUCAGUUGUUGAGGCUAUACAGUUCAAGAAGCCACUCAUUUUGUUGUCUUCCCUGGCGGACACAGGGUUGAUCGCUAGGCUUUUGGAAGAGAGGAGAAUGGCAUACUUGAUACCGAGAGAGGAGCAAGACGGGUCGUUCACGAGAGGCUCGGUGGCCGACUCACUGAGACUAGUGAUAGUUGAGGAUGAAGGCAGGAUUUACCGGGAGAAGGUUAAAGAGAUGAGUGGGUUGCUUGUUGACGAUGCUGUACAAGAUAAGUACGUUAAUAAUUUUUUGGAUUAUCUCAAAAAGCAUAAACAGUGAGCUUAAUAAGAAGAAAAAUGAAGCUAAGAUUGGUGCCCAGAAACAUGUUAGAAGUGAAUAGGCAAUCAAAAAAUUAUUUUCAAAGUUAUUUCGAAAUUUAUUUGUGUAAACUAUGUUUUGCUUUGUGGCUGCUUCUUGAAUAUUGGUCUGGUUUGUAUUGCUUUUGCUAUCUGUAAUGUUUUGCUUUCUAAUUUGUAUUUGUUGAGAAUAUAAAUAAAGACAAAUUACAUCAUUUUAGUUA